AUGCAAGAAGUUGAAGUCCCUCCUAGAGAUAUUUUCGUUCACUAUAUCAAUGUACCAACUGGAAAAACUAUUACAUGGUCCUUUUCUACUAAGAAGAAAAAUAUCUCUUUUGGUUUAUACCAAAGAAAAGCUACUGGUAACAAUUCGAUCGCAGCUUCAAGUCCAACGGGAACUUUUAAGGAAGAAGGAUCCAAUUUAUCUUCUAUAAAACAUACAAUUAUCACCCCAAAAUCUUCAACUAAAAGUAAUUAUUCUGUUAGUCUUAAAAGCAAAGCUUCUUUAGAAACAAUCAAGCCUGAGGAUAAUGAUGAAUCAAACGAAGGUGAUGUUGGUUCUACUCUGGCUGAUUCGAAUUCUGUUUCUGUAAACGACCUUCCUGUGGCAAAUCGGGGACGUAAGAAAGCCGGUUCUACGCUAAUUAUUAAAGAUCCUGAUUUAAAAGAGAUAUUACCUAUAGAACAUUAUAAUUCUGCUCUUAACACAAUUAAAGGCAGUUAUAAAGUAACUGAAGAAGGAACUUAUUGUUUAUGUUUCGAUAAUUCGUUUUCUCGGACUACUCCUAAGUCUUUAUCACUUUCUGUGGCAUUAAAAGAUGAUUUAGAUAAUGACCAAGAGGAAUCUAAACCAGAUAUAUCUGGUUGGUUAUUGAAAAAAAAGAAGAAAAAAAUGCAAGGUUGGGCAAAACGUUGGGUCCAAAUUGACAAUGGUAUACUUUCAUAUUAUCAACACCCUAAUAGUCUUUGUCGAGGGACGAUACAUAUUGCUCUUUCAACCAUUUCUUCUAAUCAGUCUUAUCGUGCAAUACAUAUGGAUUCUGGAACUGUGACAUAUCAUUUUAAAGCGUUCACUGACGACGAAUUUGAUGAAUGGAUGACCGUUAUUCGUAAAUACGUAAAUCUUUCUAAUGAAAGACAAUUUUAUGAUCCUGAAUAUCCUAGAGCCACUUCUCGACAAUCUGGUGAUUUCGAAAGGCGACAGAGUUUAUACUUUAAACGGCAAUCCUUGAUGGAAAAACGACAAAGUAUAAAUAAAAAUGGUGACAUUCCAAGUUAUUUCAUUCAAAAUAAUUUAGAUGAGGAUCUUGGAAAAAUUUAUGCUGUAUUUAAUAAUAUGGAAAAUGAGUUCAAAAAUAUUGAAAGUGAAUUAGACAUUUUUAAAAAUGCUAUUGAAAACCAGGUUCCCAAUGUUCAUUCAAAAUCUACUCAACCAAGUCCGAAUAUUGAAGGAAAACCCCGUAAAAAAUUUACUCUACCUUUACAACGAGGAUCAACUAUAGUUCAAACCGAACAAGUUAUAUCACCUUCCCAGUUGCCAUUAGAUCAAAUUUAUGAGAAAUUAUUUACCAACAUUAAAACUCUAAAAAAAGAAAAAGAUCAAGCAUUUAAUUUGUUGCGUGCUGAAAUUGAGAAAUGGAAGGCAAUGGAAUAUUCUUAUAAUAAACUUGUAACUGAAAAUGCCGAUUUGCGCAAGUCUCUUUUUAUGGCAGAUAAAAUUGAUGAAAGAUUUGAGAAUGUGCAUCUUGAUGAAAUGUCUGGAAAUACUGAUAUUAAUGAUAUAAAAAAACUCAAAACUAUAUCGAUGAGCACGAUGACCACUCAUUCAGAUAUAUUCUUUGAUGCCGAAGACAUUGACUUGACUGAAAAUCUUUCAGCAACUGAAAGUGAAGUAGAUGCCACUAAUGCUAAUAUUAGUGACGAAGAAAGUGAUUUAGAUAUGUCUUCGCAAAUAGAUAAGCCUUCUAUAAAAGAUGUAUCUAAUACUGAUAAACCAACUAUAAUACAGAGAAGAGCAGUUCUUCCUGCCCCGCUUUGUAGUGAAGAUGUCAGUUUACUUUCUAUUUUGAGAAAAAAUGUUGGUAAAGAUUUGUCAACAGUUGCAAUGCCAAUUUCUCUUAAUGAACCCAUAAAUAUUUUACAAAAUUUGGCGGAAGCUCUAGAAUAUAGUGAAUUAUUAGAUAAAGCUGCAAGUCUGGAUAAUUCACUAGAUAGAUUGAUUCAUGUAGCUGCAUUUGCAGUAUCAGGAUAUGCUUCAACCUAUUACAGGACUAGAAAACCUUAUAAUCCUCUUCAUGGUGAAACCUACGAAUGCGUUCGACCAGACAAGGGAUUUAGAUAUAUUUCCGAAAAAGUUAGUCAUUAUCCACCAAUUAUGGCCUGCCAUGCUGAUUCUCCAAACUGGAGUUACUGGCAAGAUUCGAAAAUCAAAAGUAAAUUCUGGGCAAUAUCAAAAUAUAAUGAUCAUUUCACAUUUUCGAAACCUUCUACAUGUGUGCGUAACAUGAUAUCCGGGACAAAAUAUUUAGAACAUGUGGGAGUAAUGCGCGUAGAAAAUAAAACGACUGGAGAAGCUUGUGAAAUCAAAUUUAAUCAAAGCGGAAUGUGGAGUAGUGCACCAAAGUGUGAUAUAGUCGGUUUAUUGUAUUCUGAAAGUGGUGAAAAUGUUGGAAAAAUUGGUGGUAAAUGGAAUGAGAUGAUAUUUCAUGAAAAAGGUGGUCCAAAUCAAUUGGAAGUAAUUUGGAAAGCAAACCCUCCAUUAUCAAAUUAUGAUCAAUAUUAUGGAUUUACUCAAUUUUGUGUAGAAUUAAAUGAGAUAACACCAGAUAUUGAAGGAUAUUUACCAAAUACUGAUACUAGACUUAGACCAGAUCAAAGACUUUUUGAGAAUGGACGAAUACAAGAAGCUGAAACUGAAAAGCUUCGUCUUGAACAAAAACAAAGAGAAUAUAGAAAAUUGCUUGAAGAUAGAGGUGAAGCAUGGGUGCCGCAAUGGUUUAAAUUAGAAGGUGAGGAGUGGGUUUAUAAGGGUGGUUAUUGGGAAGCAAGAGAGAAUAAAACUUUUGAAAACAAACUUCAAUUAUGGUAG